AUGUCACCCGAUACCGUCGUUCUGACUACGAGUUCCUCAGUCCAACCGUCGCCUAAACCCAUGCACGGUAGGAAUGAGGACCCGUACCCCUACAACUUUCAGCUACCGGAGUCUAUCCUAUCUCGCAAGACGAGCAACGACUCACUAGAUCGAAGCUUGGCUAGCUGCAACCCCAGCGCAAUGCCCGAGGCCUCGCCUAAGAGUAGCAAGUUGAUUCGCCGCUUCUCGAAUCGCGCCCAUCGGUUUGCCAGCAGCAGACAACAAUCUUCGGCAGCCCCUGCCAGCCGGAACGGUAGUAUCGGUCCCAGCAUCUUGCGCUGUCGGAGUGACAGCAACGCCACUGCCCCGCCACGGCCGCCAGAGUAUAACGCCGCGACUGACACGGACGAGGAGGCUGACCCGGUUCCGGAUGGCAACAUAUCUCUCUUUGGCCUCGAUGGAGCCAUUCACUCAUCAAGCAACAAUGACGCUGCCGGUUCAACUAAUGGAAGUGGCAGUGCCAAGGCCGGACCCGUGUUGCCGGCCGAGCUUCGGAAUGGUUGUGAAGUUCUCAAGGUGUCCAGGAGAAGUCGCACGAGACGGGUUAAUCUUAUGUAUGAGACCGAAUCUAACAAGCUCUCGUGGGACCCUGCUCGCCCACAUAAGUCCUUACACGUCGAUGAGAUCAAAGAGAUCCGAACUGGUCCUGAUACUCAACAAUACUGCCUUGACUUUGGAAUGUCCGAAUCGUGCGCGGAUACCUGGUUCACCAUCAUCUAUACCGUCCAAGGCAACUCGAGGACCAAGCUUCUGCACAUUGUCACCGAUAAUGAGGAAGUCUUGAACCGCUGGACUGGGUUCCUCGAGGCUACAUUGACUUACCGACAGGGGUCAAUGACCUCUCUCAUGGCCUUCGACGAUGGAGCCAUGGCCCAGUAUUGGCAGACUGAGAUGACCAGGGAGUUCGGUAACCAGCCCCGUGAUCCUGAGCAGGAGGAACUGGACAUAGCCGGAGUCAAGCGUGUUUGCCAGAACCUUCAUAUUUACAGCUCUCAGUGGACCCUGCAGACCAACUUCCGCCUAUCCGAUGUCCGACGACGUGAGAAGCUCAACUUUACCGAGUUCAGGGGUUUCAUCCGCCUAAUGAAGCAGAGGCACGAUGUUCAGCGAAUCAUUCGCAGCAUUGCCGCUAAACCUGAGACUGGCAUGACCUUUCCAGAGUUUCUGGCUUUCCUCCGCGAUAUCCAAGGGGAGGACGUGGAUUCUAACCUUUCUAUGUGGGAGAAGCAAUUUGCCUACCUCGGCCACCGAUACCGACCUGAUGCAGUCGAGACCACCGAUGCGGCUGAUGACAUGCUGAUCAUGUCCGAAGCCGCCUUUGUGAGGUACCUAACAUCUGAGAUAAACUCAGCGAUUAUACCGGAGCCUCAAAACUACACACUUGACCGCCUCAUGAACGAAUAUAUCAUCUCUAGCUCCCACAACACCUACCUCCUUGGUCGACAGGUAGCCGGUCAGUCCAGCGUCGAGGGCUACAUCUCGGUUCUUAUUCGAGGCUGCCGCUGUGUCGAGGUUGACUGCUGGGAUGGCAACUCUGGGCAGCCCGAGGUCAACCACGGUCGCACCCUUACGACCUCGAUUAGUUUCCGUGAGGUCAUAGCCACGAUCAAUAAGUACGCCUUUGUUAAGUCGAGGUUCCCUCUCUGGAUCUCCCUCGAGGUUCAUUGCAACCCUAAUCAGCAAGCCAUCAUGGUCAACAUUAUGAAGGAGGCCUUCGGCUCUCGACUGGUCACCGAGACGUUGGAAGACUGCUAUGACAAGUUUCCUUCGCCCUCUGAGCUCAUGGAACGCAUCCUUAUCAAGGUCAAGAUGCCGCAGAGCAAGCAGGAGCCUCCUGCCAGCAAUUUCCGCGGCCGCCGACGAGGCAACAGCCUCAACUCACCACUGACUCGUUCCGUGACUGAUGCCGCCAUGUUGAUGCCUUCGCAGUCGCUUCCUCAGAGCUUCAUGCGUAGCCCUAGCCCUUCUUGUCGUCGACCGGUCAGAAAGACUCGUGUCAACACAAUUACUGAAGGCGGGGUGCAAGGUAGGGCGAGUAGAAGCGCCAGCGACAAUGACAGCGGCGGAGAGCGAAACUCACGAAAGACGUCUACCCAGAUUGUUAAAGAGCUUGGUGAUCUUGGCGUCUACUGUGCCGGUGUCAAUUUUGCUGGCUUUGACGCUGCCGAGGCGAAGCAAUACAACCACAUCUUCUCCUUCAUGGAGUCGAGCUUUGCCAAGCACUUUCGCGCCAAGGAACAGAAGAUAGCAGUCGACCUCCACAACCUGCGCUUCAUGAUGCGAGUUUACCCUGAUCGCACCCGAAUCACCUCUAACAACUUUGAUCCCCUUCUGUACUGGCGCCGCGGAAUCCAGAUGGUUGCGCUCAACUGGCAGACCUUCGACUUGGGUAUGCAGAUCAACCGCGCUAUGUUUGACGGUGGCCAGGACUUCUCGGGCUACGUGCUUAAACCUGCGGAGCUACGGGACAUCCAAAUGCUCCCAUACAACCCCGAACUUCCUGGGGGCAAGAAGGAGCGCAGGGUUGUUUCAUUCACCAUCGAUGUCAUCUCGGCACAACGGCUUAUGCGACCGGCCAGCCUUCCUGCCAACAAGGCGAUGAACCCGUACGUCGAGGUCGAGGUCUUCCACGCCAGUGAUAAACGGGAGAAGAGGAAUGAGUCAGCCUUGCCUAGAGAUUUUGACCCGCCGCAAAAGUUCCGGACGAAUAUCGUACGAGAGAACGGCUUCAACCCAAUGUUUGAUGGUCACUUCAAGUUCAAAGUCACGAAGAAACAACCCGAUCUGGUCUUUGUUCGAUGGUCUGUCAAACUCUCCAACGAUGGCGAGAACUAUAAUGACAGACCGGCAGUGGCCACCUACACUGCUAAGCUUAGCAACCUCAAGCAAGGCUACCGCACCUUACCUCUUCUCAACGAUGCUGGUGACCAGUACCUUUUCUCAAAGCUCUUCUGCAAGAUCAAGGUUGAUUCGAUUAAGAAGAUGAUGAUCGACGCACCCUGUUGCGUUCUAGAUGGUAGCAGGAUUAAGGGCCUGGGUGGAGAGGCUUUUAGUUGA